AUGGUAGUAUAAUCUACCUCUGUGUUCAAAUACAGCCAUCGAUCACUCUGUUUCACACGCACCCCACGGGCAGCAUUUGUACUAGACACCUUUGUGCCUCAGGUCCACGUCUCUGCCUGCCGUGCGCACUUGCAUUGUGGAGAAACUUCGCGUUCAAGACAGAAUGUCAUCCAUACUACAGUACCUCCUGAACUGGUCGACAAUAUCAUUGACUAUCUCCAUGAUGACCCAGAGACUCUGAACACAUGUUCGAUCGUCAGUCGGAUAUGGCUUAACGCAUGCAGGUAUCACUUCUUUACUACACUCAGCCUCGCUGGAACUGUUGAACGUGACGACGAGAGAUCCCUCGAGUCCUUCAUCGGCUUUCUGCAUGACUACCUAUAUAUCGCCUGCGAUGUUCGCCAUUUAACCAUACAAGAUAGGCGCAAGAAUCCCGAUGACAUAGAAAGCGACCUCGAUCAGUGAUAUAAGUAUCAUCGGAGCUUUUCUUCUCAUGUCCAUUCUCAACCUCCUUCCGUCUCUGAAGACCCUUACCCUCGAUUCCUUGCAUUGGGAUUCGGAGCUCACCAGCAGUUCAUUUUAUGGCGGAUUGGAUUCGUGGCCGCCUCCAACAAAAUCAUUGGAUAAACUUCUAUUCAGAUUCUCGCUGGUCCAACCCGAUAGUGUGGUCCCUAUACCUGUUGCUCUCGAUUUGUUGUACUAUAUACCAUACGUUCGCGAGCUUCUCCUAGACGAGGUGAUGCACUGUGUCCCAUCCAUAGAGACGGACCCAGGACCUCUCCAUAUUGAACAUGUCACCGAGGCAUUUACACCGGAUUGGUCGUGGCAUGCAUGGAUAUCGCUGUUCAGGAAAGGCGGGGUCCAGUCCACCCCUACAUCCCUAGCCCUGCAGUUAAUCCAUGUAUGUUCUGAGGAAUACUUCGAAGCUGGUGUCGCCGAGUGGAUGUACGAGGUUGGACCUCAUCUGCAACAUCUUCGUCUAGGGAUGUUCGUCGGGGCGAAUGAUGUGCCAAAAAUCGUGCGAUCGGGUUUCAGGCCUUACACGCCCAUAUCUAUGCUCACGUUCGAGUCCUCACGUUUGGACUGAUGCCAAUGAUUUCCCCCGAUACCUGGACCGUCGUCCUUUCGUUGCUGCAUCAAGUACGGCAAUGGCCGUCACUACAAGAAUAGGAUCCCAUGGUGCUAUGAUGCGCUCGACUGGGAUGGUCUGGUACACGAGUGCCAGCAGCUGAAGCUUAAAGAGCCACCUUCAUUCACUCUAGUCGACGCCUCCAUAUCUCACCGUCAGUCAGGCUUGAAUCCAAGAAGUUGGAAUACAUUCCAGGGUUCAAAGUGCAGUAGCCUGUUUCGACACUCUGGGAGCCAGUAAUGGAACUGUAGUGGUUUAGGCUGAGUAUGAACCUUGGUGCCUUCCAAUCCAUACUUCACCCUUCUUUUCGCGCGCCAAGGCAAGGGCCUGCUUGAGUACUCUCUGGCAGGUUGUAGUCGAGAUAGUGGUAUUAGAGUAAAGAACGUAUGAUGACAAAGUAAAGAACCAGCAGAUCAGGAACGAC